AUGUUAAAACUGAGAGAGGUGGCGAAUAAUUUCUAUAAGAAAGAAGUUGGGAAUGGUCGGCACAUCUCUUACUGGUAUGAUAACUGGUCAGCCAAUGGAGUGUUGAUUGAUCAUUUGGGUGAGAGGGGUAUUACUGAUAUGGAGAUAAGUAGAGAUGCUACUGUAGAGGAUGCUGUGCUUAAUACAAGGCGAAGAAGACGGCAUCGCACUCUGGAACUUAACAACAUAGAAGCUGAGUUAUUGGUAAUAAAGGAGAAAAGGAGAAGUAAUGUUGAGGAUGUAGCUUUGUGGAAGAGAAAGUCUUGUUUUAAAUCAACAUUCUCGACGCAGGAAACAUGGAUGCUUACCCGAGAAACUAAGCCUAUUUGUAAUUGGGCAAAGGGUAUUUGGUUCCCACAAGCUACUCCCAAAUUUGUUUUUGUGACCUGGCUUGCAAUGGAUAGAGUACUUAGGUGGAAUCAGGGGGUUGAUGCAGCAUAUGUGCUUUGUAAGAUUGCUGUCGAAACAAGGAAUCAUCUCUUCUAUGAAUGUUCUUAUGCUAGUCAGGUUUGGGAACAUCUUACAAAAGUGAUUCUACGAAGCUCUUAUACGAAUAUCUGGUCUGAGAGUGUGAUAUUGAUUAUGGAUGGGAAUAGGGAGAAGAAUAGCUUAUUCUGUAUUCGAUAUGCGUUUCAGGCCAGUGUUCAUGCUUUGUGGAAGGAGAGAAACAAGAUUAAAUAUGGAGAUAAGCCUCUUCUUCUGUCAAGUUUGAAGAAGUUUAUUGAUAAGGGUGUUAGAAAUCAACUAAGUCUGAUGAGAUCUAAGGGGAACAAGGGUAGAGAAGAAAUUCUUGAAUAUUAG